AUCUCCAUGAGACCUCCAUCACUCACUCACAUACCUUUCAACUUCUCUCAACGGUCUCUCAAAAUCUCACACUAGUUAUUUAUUUGGGGAUUUUUAAAAAUAAUCUGUCCGGAAUCAAGAUCAACCAAUGAUGGCUGCUGCGCAGCUCUUUAAUCAGGUUUUAGCGCCGCAAACGCAGCUGCCAUCUCUCCAUUUAUUUCCUCUCCGCCCCCAAAAAUGUGAUUUCCACAACGACAAAAGGGUUUUUAGAUCUCUCCCUCCCCAAAAUUCCACAAAACGGAGCUUUUACAUCGCUUCAUCGAGUAAUGUGGGUGCUGCUCCACUGUGGGAGAAUUGGGCUCCCGAAAAGACCUCCAAAGCUCCUUCCCUCAGUGACAUUAUUUGGCCUUCUGCUGGGGCUUUUGCUGCAAUGGCGUUGUUGGGUAAGAUUGAUCAGAUAUUGGCACCAAAAGGGGUUUCCAUUACAAUUGCGCCGCUCGGAGCCGUCUGCGCCGUUCUUUUCGCUACGCCAGCUUCUCCCGGCGCUAGGAAGUACAAUAUGUUUGUGGCGCAGAUCGGGUGUGCAGCAAUAGGCGCCUUGGCCUUUUCCAUAUUAGGCCCGGGCUGGCUAGCUAGGAGCACCGCCCUCGCUGCUGCCAUGGCCUUCAUGAUCUUCACCCGCUCCGUCCAUCCCCCAGCUGCAAGCCUGCCAUUGCUCUUCAUUGAUGGAGUUAAGCUGCACCAUUUGAAUUUUUGGUACGCCUUGUUCCCUGGCUCUGCUGGAUGCAUUGUCCUAUGUUUGAUCCAAGAUAUGGUGUGUUACUUGAAGGACAACUUGAAAUUUUGAGUGGAUUUGCUCUCUCUCUCUCUCUCUCUCUACUAUUGCGAGUCCUGGGAAUUUAUUUGUGUUCGUUGUUCCGGAAUUUAUUUGUGUUCGUUGUUCCCAUACGAAAGAGGCGCAGAAGAAGAUGAUGUGCCUUCCACCGAUCAAACCAUGUGGAAAAUGUAGCAUAAGAUGAAGUUUGUGUGAUUUGAUCUCUGUAGAUGUAAAUACUGUCAUUAUUUCAAAACCUAUUUUUUCCUUAUCGCAAA